GGUCAGACAGAGACCCAUACACCCUGACAACCGUAUCCGGUAGCGAUCUAUCCGCAAUCCUAUCUAGCCUACGUCCACCUUUUCAACCUCGCACCAAAUCUCAAAUUCGCACUUCUGAACUUUCGCCACAAGAAGUUACAAGUACACGAUGAAUCAUCAUGGAGAUCCCUCUCGGAACUGGUUCAACAACGGAAUCCCCUGCAGGUUCAAGUACGAAAACAACAAGAUACUCGCGAUUUUUGGAUUCGAGGAUAUCGACCGAAAAGUCCCAAGAGUCGCGAUAUGGGUUACUGCCCUUUCCGAGUCUAUGUCUCCUGUGAGAGUCGUACUCGACAGGGGAGACAGGGGAGAAGGAGGGGAUUCAUUCGUAGACGAUGAGUCAAGUAAAUGUGACACCAUGGUGAUGACGGGAAAAGACGUGCGCAGUUUGAACGGCUAUCAGCUCGAUUAUGCCAGAUCUACGGCUCAUAUCGACGCAAAAUCCUUGCACACUUGGUGCGCUACCAAGGGAUUCAAAUCCAAACUGAAUGAAGAGAUGUUGAAAGGGAUCGAAAUGUCCAUGAUCCAAGAACAUGGGCCUAUCCCGUUGGGACCGAAGAGCAAGGCCAAGCAGGAGCAGGGAAAGGCCCGAGGAGGUGGAAAUGAUCAGAACACUUUGCGAGGCUCUUCCCUCGAUGAGACGGUUCCGUCCCGCCUUGACACAUCCAAUCACUCUUCCCAGUCUUCCGAUCCUUCCGUUGAGAGUCUUCAGACUGCCGCAACUGGCUAGCUAUGGGGGUUCUCAAGACCUCGCCUGGAAGUGAUCGUUGACUGAUGACCGAUAACUCUGAUCUGUAAA